AUGGAACUCGUUCGACGAAGUUUGAUUCAAGUGGAUGAAGUUAGCUUCAAAGGAAUUCCUAAAACCUGUCGUGUUCAUGAUCUGGUCAGCGAUGUCAUUCUUUCCAAGUCAAAGGAAUUGAGUUUCUGCCAUGUUUCAAGGAGUUGCUCAACUUUUAAAGGCAUAGCACGACACCUGCCCAUUAGCAACAGAGGAAGUGACAUUCCAAAGGGUAGCACAAAGUCUCAAACUCGCUCUAUUAUGGUCUUCGACAAAGUAGAGCUACAAAAGGCCACAAUUUCAAGAGACCAAAGUAUCCAAACUUCCAAAAUCAAUCAGAAAGCUGCACAACCUGGAGUCCUUGGAUUUGAGAAAUUCUUUUGUGGAAGAGUUGCCAGUUGA